AUGAAAAGCCUGAAAGUAGCCUUCGAUGAAAAACACAGGAUGCGCAACACGCAUACAUCAGCUAUAUAUUUUAUGCUGAUAUUAUUCAUAAAAAUGGCGAACUCAAGAGACAGCGUUCUUCCUCAUCAGCUCAAAUUGAGCUCAAGUCUGACCUGUCGUCUCGUUGGUGGCUUAACCAGAGAGCAGAGAGCCAUCUGCCACAAUUCUGCUGACACAUCAGCCAUAGCAUUUGAAGGUCUCCAAUUGGCAGUCAAGGAAUGCCAGCACCAGUUUCGUUGGCACAGGUGGAACUGCUCGAGUCUUUUAUCGAAAAGUGCCAAUCCACAUGCUAGUAGUAUUAUGAAAAGAGGUUUCCGUGAAACGGCAUUCCUGUAUGCUCUAAUGUCAGCAGGAGUGGCACACUCUAUCGCACGCGCCUGCGCACAAGGCCGCCUGCUGUCCUGUGGCUGCGACCCUCUCGGCUACCGCGCCUCCCAUGACCGAGGGAGAGCGAGGGCUAACAAGUGGGAAUGGAGCGGUUGCUCUCAUAACUUAGCCUUUGGCAUUGAAUUCUCAAAAAAGUUUCUAGACGUCCGAGAACAAGUAGAUGAUUUACAGUCGAAGAUCAACGUGCAUAACAAUAAUGCUGGACGAUCUAUAUUAGCAUCGCUUAUGGAGGUACGCUGCAAAUGCCACGGCCUAUCCGGUAGCUGUCAAUUAAGGACGUGCUGGCGCGCUACACCAGACUUUCGCGUGGUGGCUUCCACUAUCAAGCGACAGUACCGCAAGGCGCUUAUCGUGGCUCAAGAAGAGUUAAAUAACGACCCGUCGGUACUACGCGGUCGGCCACGAGGCAGGAGGCGAAGUAAAGCAAAACCAGCGCCGAAGACUAGUCUACUGUUCUUUGAAAAAUCUCCUAGUUUUUGUGAAGCGGACCCCAAAAUGGAUUCGGCAGGAACGUCAGGGCGCGUUUGCCGCAUUGGUAGAACCUCUAGAAGUGGCUCCUGCGACUUACUCUGCUGCGGAAGGGGACACGCGCUAAUCCGGAAGUCGAGCAUCAAACCUUGCAACUGUACCUUCCACUGGUGCUGUAGAGUCGACUGCCAGAAAUGUCAUGAUGACAAAUGGGUUGCCAUAUGCAAAUAA